AUGGCUAUGAGUUGGAUCGUCUUCUAUCUUUGGCCCUUAACUAUGUUUGUGGGGCAUAUAGGUGGGCACAGUUUGUUUUCUUGUGAACCUAUUACCUUAAGGAUGUGCCAAGAUUUGCCUUACAAUACUACCUUCAUGCCUAAUCUUCUGAAUCAUUAUGACCAACAGACAGCAGCUUUAGCAAUGGAGCCAUUCCACCCUAUGGUGAACCUGGAUUGUUCUCGGGAUUUCCGGCCAUUUCUUUGUGCACUCUAUGCUCCUAUUUGUAUGGAAUAUGGACGUGUCACACUUCCCUGUCGUAGACUGUGUCAGCGGGCUUACAGCGAAUGUUCAAAGCUUAUGGAGAUGUUUGGUGUUCCUUGGCCUGAAGAUAUGGAAUGCAGUAGGUUCCCAGAUUGUGAUGAGCCAUACCCUCGACUUGUGGAUCUGAAUUUAGAUGGAGAUCCUACUGAAGGAGCCCCAGUGGCAGUGCAGAGGGACUAUGGUUUUUGGUGUCCUCGGGAGUUGAAAAUUGAUCCUGAUCUUGGUUAUUCUUUUUUGCACGUGCGUGAUUGUUCACCUCCAUGUCCAAAUAUGUACUUUAGGAGAGAAGAACUUUCAUUUGCUCGAUAUUUCAUAGGAUUGAUCUCAAUCAUUUGCCUCUCUGCCACGUUGUUUACUUUUUUAACUUUUUUGAUUGAUGUCACAAGAUUUCGUUAUCCUGAAAGACCUAUUAUUUUUUAUGCAGUCUGCUACAUGAUGGUAUCAUUAAUUUUUUUCAUUGGGUUUUUGCUUGAGGACCGAGUAGCCUGCAAUGCAUCUAGCCCUGCACAGUAUAAAGCUUCCACAGUGACACAAGGAUCUCAUAAUAAAGCUUGUACCAUGCUUUUUAUGGUACUUUAUUUUUUUACUAUGGCUGGCAGCGUUUGGUGGGUAAUUCUUACCAUCACAUGGUUCUUGGCAGCUGUGCCAAAGUGGGGUAGUGAAGCUAUUGAGAAGAAAGCAUUGCUGUUUCACGCCAGUGCAUGGGGCAUCCCUGGAACUCUAACUAUCAUCCUUUUAGCGAUGAAUAAAAUUGAAGGUGACAAUAUCAGUGGCGUGUGUUUUGUUGGCCUCUACGAUGUUGAUGCAUUGAGAUACUUUGUUCUUGCACCCCUCUGCCUAUAUGUGGUAGUUGGGGUUUCACUCCUUUUAGCUGGCAUUAUAUCCCUAAACAGAGUUCGAAUUGAGAUUCCAUUAGAAAAGGAGAACCAAGAUAAAUUGGUGAAGUUUAUGAUCCGGAUUGGUGUUUUCAGCAUUCUUUAUCUGGUGCCACUCUUGGUUGUAAUUGGAUGCUAUUUUUAUGAGCAAGCUUACCGUGGCAUCUGGGAAACAACAUGGAUACAAGAACGCUGCAGAGAAUAUCACAUUCCAUGUCCAUAUCAGGUCACUCAAAUGAGUCGUCCAGACCUGAUUCUCUUUCUGAUGAAAUACCUGAUGGCUCUCAUAGUUGGUAUUCCCUCCAUAUUUUGGGUUGGAAGCAAAAAGACAUGCUUUGAAUGGGCCAGUUUUUUUCAUGGUCGUAGGAAAAAAGAGAUAGUGAAUGAGAGCCGACAAGUACUCCAAGAACCUGAUUUUGCUCAGUCCCUUCUGAGGGAUCCAAAUACUCCUAUUAUAAGGAAAUCAAGAGGAACUUCCACUCAAGGAACAUCCACACAUGCUUCUUCAACUCAGCUGGCUAUGGUGGAUGAUCAGAGAAGCAAAGCAGGGAGUGUCCACAGCAAAGUGAGCAGCUAUCACGGCAGCCUCCACAGAUCUCGUGAUGGCAGGUAUACUCCUUGCAGUUACAGAGGAAUGGAAGAGAGACUACCUCAUGGCAGCAUGUCACGACUAACGGAUCACUCCAGGCACAGUAGUUCUCAUCGUCUCAAUGAACAGUCACGACAUAGCAGCAUCCGGGAUCUCAGUAAUAAUCCUAUGACUCACAUCACACAUGGCACCAGCAUGAACCGAGUUAUUGAAGAAGAUGGAACCAGUGCUUAA